CCGGGGCCACCGUCUCCCCCGAGAGAGAUGGCCGCGGCCCGCGAGGGGUUCGCCGGCGGCGGCGCGCUGCAGGGCAGGGCCUCCAGCUCGGCCGCGAGCGCGCACCCAGACUUCUCCGCCGCCAAGGGGUCGCUGGGCCUCUCCAGGCUGGGAGCCGGCCUCGGGCGCGGCGCGGAUACGCGCGGGCUCGUCGACGCGGCGACGCGAGGGGACUUGCCCGCUCUGCGCAAGCUGGCAGAGGGCCCCAAUGGCGGGCUCUCCUCCGGCAGGCCGGACCUCAACGCGCGGGACCUCCAAGGGAGGACGGUGCUCAUGCAUGCGGUGGCGAGCGGCAGCCAGGAGAUCGUCGAGUACUUGCUGGCCAAGCGGGCAGACCCCCAUGCUGCAGACAACGUUCAGGCGACCGCCAUGCACUACGUGUCCAAGCGGGCCAGAAACAUGCGCUCUCCGUGCCUGGACGCCGUGCAGGCCGACAUCCUCGCGCUCCUGCUCAGGAGCAGAGCCUCGCUGGAGGAGCGCGACAGGAAUGGCUGCACCGCCCUCCUGGCCGCGGUGUCCUGCGGCGACGAGGCCGUGGCGUUGGGCCUGCUGAGGGCCCGGGCGGACGUGAACGCCAAGGACUCCGACGGCCAGAGCAGCCUCGAGGUCGCCACGGCCUUCGAGAUGGGCAGCAUGGUGGAGCUGCUGCGCAGGGCGCCCGAGGUCCAGCGGGCCGCCCGGGAGCUGCAGGAGGCAGCGGACGCCGCGGCCGCGGAGGAGGAGAGGCAGGCUGCCAGGGCCGAGCGGAAGGCCGCGAAGGCCGCCGCCGAGGCGGCAGCGCUCGCCGCGGCCGAGGCGGACGAAGCAUACCCUUUCUUCGGAGGCAGCGAUCGGGGGGGAUAGGCAUACAGUCGGGGCGCUGAAGAAG